AUGAUCAAUACCGUAGCGCAAGGACCUGCUUCUCGUGCCAACUUCAACUCCUCAGUCGUCGUCCUCGCUGCAGCCGAUAGCCGGGCCUCCGGGGCCUCUCUUCUCCCUGCUGUUUGGGGUGUGCAAUCGAGCGAGUCGUAAAUCCGUGACAGGUAAUCAAUUGCACAAGCAAGGCCUGCAAAUUUCCCCAACGCAUCACGAACAACAACGCUCUGAAUCUCUGCAACAUAAUCCUGGUGCCGCGUAUAGCUACGUACAGAUCACUUUGACAAUUAUCUUCUGGUCUUGAUCACUACGCAACUUGAUACACAUCUCAUCCCCAUUUAUCGACCGAGCCAUUGGAAAACCUCCCAUUAAAGCAGUUGAGUUACCUUUUUCCCAAGCAAA